AUGAUUAAUAAGGCUUCAUCAUUAACCAGAACAACAAUUCGAAUGUUCAAAAUGAUGACCAAAAAUUAAACCAGAUAUUCAUAUGGGAAAUUAGACCACUUUUUUGCCAACUAUGAAAUGAGUGAAUUUGAAUCUCCCAAAAUUACCAUUAACAAAUUUUAAUAUUUAAUUGAUGACAUUUUUUGUUCCAACAGUCUUCAAUUUAAUACAUCUUUGGCCUCUUAUUUGAAUGUAAAUGAUGUAGAAAUAAGUUAAUUGAUAGAACUUUUAGAUAAAAUACAUUAAAAUAACUUUUUCUUGUCAAGAACCAAUAAAUAAUGUUUAGCUUAAAUUAUACUAAAUAAAUUAGAUUCCUUUAAUGAGGAUAUCAUCUCAAUCAUUAAUUAAGCCUGUUUAUAAGGGUUUAUUAAUGAAUAGCUAAUGGAACUCUUUAUUAAUUAAUUUACUAUGUAAGGAAUUACAUAAUAUAAUUUUACAUUUUAAGUUUAAUUACUAUAUAUUUUUGGUCAAGCUCUCUUAAGAUAUAACAAUUUAACAAAAAAUGAAGCCUUCAUAAAAAAAUGGUAAGAACUCAUUAAAAAUGCAAUUGCACAAUAUAAACCAGAGUAUAAAAUAUCUGGUUGUAUGUUUUCCUAAAUAUCAUUCUUAUUCAAAGGACUCUUCUAUAUAGAAUUAGAAUAAGAAGCAACAUAUCUAGGAUAAAUUAUUGAAUUCUAUAAAACUUACUAUAAGUUAUUAAUUUCUAACUUUGCUGAAAAUUUAGAUUUUUCAAAUAUGACUCCCAAAGAAUCCACAAUAUUACUUACUGCCUUAUUAAAACUAAAGGAUUAAUUUCUAAAGUUAGAGAUAAGUCUUAUAAUAUCAUCCUUAUUGAAUAGGAUUAAAAGUACUGGUGUUUCUGCAUUUAGUGAUCUAGCUUUACAAUCUUUUGUAUUUAAUUUAACUUAACUUGGGGAUUAUCAGAAAUUGAUGGCAGAAGAUAUCAUAUAAGUGUUAUAAUAGAGAGUGCAAUAAUAAUCGUUUUCAUCAAAGAUAAUUAUUGUAAUUCUAUUUGAAAUGCACUUGAAAUGGAGUUAUGUAGUACCCAAAGCUCACUUACUCUAUCUGAUAUCCAGUUUAAAUAUUAAAGAAGUUCCAGAUUUCGAACUUGGCAGUUACUUCUAGUUGCUAACCCAAUUACCCUUGGAUUAAUUAUAAAAAAUAACUAAUAAUAUCGAAUCGGUAUUUUAUUUGAUUUAAUCAUAGGAAAUGACAAUCAGGGAACAAUACCAGAAGGAAAAUUAAUAGUUUUUCAAGAAGGAACAUUUAUCUUCUGAUAGAAUGAGAAGAUCUCUAUAAAGAUUGAUAAAUUUAUUGUCAACUCACGGUAAAAAUACAGAAUAACUUGAAAGAACAAUAAAGUAAAUUUUUUGA